AUGGCCCACAGCGGUGAAGUACAAUCGGCGUCUCGAUUGGUUGGCAUAGUCCUUCUAUCUCACGUACACAUUGGAACCUUCAGAUGCAACUUCAUCAACCUCAUUUGCAACUUGGGAGGGGCCGAGCCGGAAGCACCAAUGAGCGCUCUGAAGGAAAACAUCGUAUACGCCGCUUUCAAUGCUUUAUAUUUCUUCCUCAUGUACCGCGUCUUCAGCGCCCAAGUGGAAUUACUCGAAGGAAAAAUGAAAGAGUGGAGGGAAGAGAUGAGAGAGCUCAAGAGAGAUAUUAGAGUGCAAAUGGGCGUUGCCCAUGAUGGGAUAGGGAUGGGAGUGGAUGCUGCCAAAUGUAUGGGCGCUGCAGAGCAGAACAGGGCGAUGAGGGAUAGGUAG